AAGAAAAUGAAAAACCAUUGAGGGGUUUGCAUCUAAAGAGACGAAAGGGGUGGUGUGCUCAAGGAAUUAAUUUGGAGUGGUCUAACUCUCUAACCUAUUAAAAGACAAAAAAGUCGCACUUUUUUUUGCUGCCUUUCUUUGGGAAUCUCCUCAUCAAAACAGCUUUUUAACAAAUUUCCCAGCAAAAUUUCCAUGAAAAAUCGAAAUCCCUUUUCUUUCUUGUUUCGUUUUCCCCUCGGAUUUAUCUAAAACAAUUUUCUUUCAACCCUUUUCAUCAUAAUAAAUCUUUCAAUCGACAAACACCCACACACCCCCGACCCGAUGAUGCUUCCCGCCACAGCUUUUUCAUCGUCUUCGUCUUCAUCUGCUAAUUCAGCUGUUGUUCGAGUGGAUAAGGCCACCAGCGAAUUCUUAAACGGUCCUGAUUGGACUAUCAACAUCGAUAUUUGCGACACCAUCAACGCGAAUCCUUGGCUUGUAAAAGAUGUUGUCAAAGCUUUGAAGAAAAGGUUACAACACAAGAACUCCCAUGUUCAACUACUUUCCUUGACGCUUUUAGAGACCAUGGUAAAGAAUUGUGGUGACAAUGUUCAUUAUCAAAUAGCCGAGCGAAACAUACUCCCGGAGAUGAUAAAAAUUGUCAAGAAAAAGAUUUCGCUAUUCCUAGAGGACGGUGGAAAGGGAAUCCAAUUGUGGCGUUGCAUUCCAUUUUCCACGGACAUGCGUGUAAGGGAGAAAAUUUUGGUACUUUUAGAUUCAUGGCAAGAAGCAUUUGGUGGACGCGGAGGAAAAUAUCCUCAAUAUUACUUUGCUUAUGAUGAAUUACGGCAAGCGGGAGUACAGUUCCCUCACCGGUCACCUGAUGCAGCUCCAAUAUUUACACCUCCUGUCACCCAUCAUCCAUCUGUGGGACCCACUCAACCAAAUUAUGGAAUGCCAAGUAAUUCUUCAACAAGGCUUGAUGAAGCCAUGGCUUCUGAGAUUGAAAACUUAAGUAUGUCGGUGAUCGAGUCUAUGAGGAAUGUUUCGGAUCUUUUAUCCGAGAUGUUGCAAGAAGUUGAUCCAAAUGAUCGUGCAGCAAUAAAAGAUGAGGUCAUCGUUGAUGUUGUUGACCGAUGUCGAUCAAAUCAAAAGAAAUUAAUGCAAAUGUUAGCUUCCACAAGUGAUGAGGAGCUUCUUGGUCAAGGUAUCGAAUUAAAUGACAAUCUACAAACCGUUCUUGCAAAACAUGAUGCUAUUGCAUCCGGUUCUCCAAUUCCUGCUCAACUCACAAAUUCUAUCGCCUCACCAAGUAAUACCAAUAAUACCCUUGAGCCCCAAAUCAAAUCAACUGAAGAAAAAGAAAACUUGAAAUCAACCGUGCCCGUGGCGGCACCUCCCCCGGUGGUGGCGGUGCCGCCACCAUCAGGAAAUGAUGGUGAUGACGAGGAAGAUGAAGAUGACUUUGCUUUAUUAGCUAGAAGACAUUCAAAAGCACAAGUGGGACCCACAUCAGAUCCUUCAUUGAGUAUGGCCUUAACCAUAACUGAUCCACCACCUCCAUUAAACACAACAAAAGCCGAUGACAUGAUCGACUUUUUAAGCCUCACGUUAUCAUCUCCAAAUCCACCCUCACCGCCGCCCGUCACAACCUCACACGACCAAUCACCGCCAGUUUCCACCACCGCCCAGCAGCAGCAGCAACACUAUCCCCACCAACCUCAGCCAUCCAUGAGCAGUUACGUUGUGCCAUGGGCUCAAUCCGAACCUCAACAUCAACACCAACCUCCACCACAGCCACCACCGGUUCAGCCACAAUAUCAACAGCAAAACCUUUCCCCUGGCGGCUAUAUCCCGCCACCAUGGGCGGCAACACCUGGCUAUUACACAAACCCGUAUCAGCCUUCUCCUAUGACUUACUCAUAUCCUACUCCCUCAUAUAAUAACAUCAACAACACGUCUUCACAGCAAGUAAACUUGUAUUCCAACAGGGCGGCAGCAGGCGGUGUAAGUGGAGAUAGUCAGGUGGCGGCUGGUGGUGGUGGUGGAAGUCAAAGACCGUUUAUUCCUUCGUAUAGAUUAUUUGAAGAUCUUAAUGUACUUGGCAAUCCAAACACAACAUCUGGGAGUUCUUCGGGUGAAAGUAUGUUGGGUGGGAGGAAGUGAAAUCUUUAUGAACAGGUUUUGUGUUAUUGUUGAUACAUUGGGGUUUGUGUAUUGGUGAUGGGUGUGUAUUCGUUUAUAUUCGAUUUCUUGGAUUUAGAUGAACAUAAAAAAAAAAAAAAAAAAAAAGAACCCGGUUUUGUGUUUGCAUUUCUUGUGGUUUGAGACACGUUUGAUAGAUUUAAACUUCAUUUUUAGUAUGCGUUUGUACUUGUUUAUUUUUAUCGUCUUUUUUUAUUGUAACAAACAUGUGAAUAAAUAUA